AAGAACAAUUGGUUCAAGGUUUUCAAAUCCAAUGGACGGAGUUUAUAGAGAUUAAGAAAGACAAAGCACGUUUUAGAAAGAUACCGACAUGAAUUUUCUGGUGAAUAUUGUCAUUGCUAUAACAGCAAUGUGUGCCCUAACCUCAUCAUCAAGACAUGGUCUUCGAAAAGAUAUCCUUACAGAUUAUUCAAAGGAGUUACGUCCAGACGAUAAUCCGAUAACUGUAAACCUGAAGUUCACUGCCUUUAGAUUAAUUAACUAUGACGAUAAGGACGGAAAAUUCACACUAAGCGGAAUUCUGGAGCUGUCUUGGUUAGACGGGAGGAUCGCUAAAAAAUGGGAGUCUUCGUUAAAUAAUGAUGAUCAUGAUAUUAACAUGUAUUUCCUGGAUACCGAAGUCUGGACGCCGCGUAUUCUUCAGAUGAAUCCACACAGUCGAUAUGAAUUAGAGCAAAUGUUUCAAAACUCAGUCAUGUUUGACAAAAGCGGAUUAGCACUGAUGAUGAAAAUGGACAUAUUUACCUCUGACUGCAAUGCCGAUUUUUCGUUCUUCCCGUACGACACACAAACCUGUUCUAUCGAUGUAGCUGCAUGGGGUUUCUUCAACGAAGAAAUUGUCUUUACACCAAACAGGAGCAAAGUUAACAUGGAUCAUUUUGAAAUAAACAACUUUUGGAAAGUGAAAGACACAAGGAUCAGUGUGAGUAGUAUUAAGAAGGAGGGAACCUCACCUAUUCCAUUGGCUAGAAUAGAGUUUAUCAUCAAGCGUCGCGCGGCAUUUUUUGUACUUUUUCUGAUUUUGCCGAUCCUUUUCAUGGAAAUUCUCCAGCUGUUUGUGUUCAUGUUGCCAUGGGAUUGCGGUGAACGUUCCAGUUACUCUGUGACUGUUCUUCUGGCAAUAGCUGUAUAUCUGACCAUAGUCACUCAGCAAAUCCCUGAAUCUUCAGGACCCACCCUUUCUAUUUUAGCCAUGAAGAUGGUCAUGGAUCUGUCCAUUGCCUGUAUGGUGCAGAUAUUUGUGAUCAUCAGUCACGUUAACUACAAUUUACGUAAUCGAAGUUACAAGGAACUCUCACGCGGGUUCUUUCCGAGAUUGUUGAUCUGGGCUAAAUACAAAGAUUUGGGAUGCGAUUUAGAAAAGGGAUUCUUUGCUUUUACGAUCCUUGUAAUCCUGUUUUCCAAUAUUAUAUUCUUGGCAAGGUUGAAUCAGGAUCCGUAACAAUUAAACAUUUUUUUUGUGGUUGUUUAAUUUUUUUCAGGAAAAGACUACAUGCUAUUUGAGUAAGACAUCAACAAAAUCUCUUUUAUUUCAUUGUAUAUUGUAACAACAUAGUUUUGAUCUAUAAAGCCUAAGCGUGUUAAUCAGAAAACUGACUGAAUGUGACUUAUGUACUGUGCUUUAUGCUGCUGUUGUUAUCCUGUAUAAAUUUCAUGGUUCCUAUGUAGGUAUGCUUUUUUGUAUGGUGAAGGUAUAUUUUGUUUUGUUACCGUUACUUUUUUCCUACAUCGGUUUUGCACCGUUUGUGCCUGUUAAAAACUUUAAUUGUAUUAUCAAUAUUUAAUUAUAGUCACUAUAU